AAGUCCUGAACUCUGAUACUGGUAGACACCAGAAGCUACGAUUGCACUGACACAAAACCCUAGCAUUUGCCUAGAUCCUGAUCCAGAGAAUGGAAUCCCCGCAAGGAGGAUCCGGCCGGGACAAGUCUAAUCCGUCCUCUUCUCCGGUCUCCGUCGUCUCCAAUUUCUGGAAAGAAUUUGAUUUGGAAAAGGAGAAAAGUGUACUCGAUGAGCAAGGGCUCAGAAUAGCUGAAAAUCAGGAAAACAGCCAGAAGAACCGGCGGAAGCUUGCCGAGAGCACGAGAGAUUUCAAGAAAGCUUCUCCAGAGGAAAAGUUAAGUUUGUUUAAUUCUCUACUUAAGGGUUACCAGGAAGAAGUUGAUAAUCUUACCAAGAGAGCAAAAUUUGGAGAGAAUGCUUUUCUUAACAUCUACCAAAAGCUCUAUGAGGCUCCAGAUCCUUAUCCUGCUAUUGCUUCAAUUGCUGACCAAGAUUUAAAGUUGUCUGAACUAGAAUCAGAAAACCGCAAGAUGAAAAUUGAGCUUGAAGAAUUCAGGACAGAAGCAAUGCACUUAAAAAACCAGCAGGCAACAAUAAGAAGACUUGAGGAGCGCAACCGCCAAUUAGAGCUGCAGAUGGAAGAAAAAGUGAAAGAAAUUGUGGAGAUGAAGCAGCGAAGUUUGGCAGAAGAAAACCAGAAAACACUUGAGGUUUUAAAAGAAAGGGAGCAAAUUUUGCAAGAUCAGUUACGACAAACUAAAGAAAGUGUUGCAAAUAUGCAAAAAUUGCAUGAACUUGCACAAAGCCAGUUGUUUGAAGUCCGUGCUCAAUCAGAGGAAGAAAGGGCUGCGAAACAAUCAGAGGUCAAUCUUCUGAUGGAUGAAGUAGAACGUGCUCAAACUCGGCUUCUUAGUCUGGAGAGAGAGAAGGGGCUUCUACGCUCUCAAUUACAAUCAGCUAAUGAAGAGACUGAAAACAAUAGAAGUGAUAAUGUAGAUUCAAAUAGUAUCCUUGAGAAUUCUCUAAUAGCCAAAGAGAAAAUUAUCUCUGAACUGAACAUGGAACUUCAUAAUGUUGAAACAACCUUGUCCAAUGAACGGGAACAGCAUGUGAGUGAGAUUAAGAAGUUGAACUCAGUGCUCAAUGAAAAGGAAAUUGCUAUUGAGGAGAUGAAGAAAGAGCUUCAGGCAAGGCCAACAGAAAAACUGGUUGAUGAUUUACGUAAAAAAGUGAAAGUUUUGCAGGCAGUGGGUUAUAAUUCAAUUGAGGCUGAAGAUUGGGAAGCAGCUACCAGUGGGGAAGAGAUGAGCAAAAUGGAGUCUCUUCUUCUUGAUAAAAACAGAAAAAUGGAACAUGAACUCACACAGUUGAAGGUCAAACUUUCUGAAAAAACAGCUUUGCUGGAAACAGCUGAGUCUAAAAUUCAAGAACUUACAGCAAAGGUUAAUGAACAACAAAAAUUGAUACAGAAGUUGGAAGAUGAUAUUUUGAAGGGUUAUAGUUCCAAAGAUCGGAAAGGCACCCUUUUUGAUGAUUGGGAUUUAACAGAGAGUGGGGGAACUCAAGUUUCUGAGGAAAGGGAUCAAAGAUACAAGGAGUUGGGUUUCAGAGACAGAAUUACACUUAGCAGCGGACGCUUUCUUCUUGGCAACAAGUAUGCUCGAACUUUUGCAUUUUUCUACACAAUUGGUUUGCAUAUCCUAGUAUUCACCUGUUUAUACCGAAUGUCAGCCCUAAGCUACCUCAGCAAUGGCUCGGAGGAUUACUCUGCUGGAGAUAAAAAUCUGAAUCUCCCUCAUGUGCUUUAGUUUUUGCCUACCCUAAUAUUCAUUGGAUUGAAAUUAUUGAAAGAAACAAAAUACUGUGUAUAGAAGUUCACAAAAUGUACAUGUGACGGAAUAAUAUAUCCUUUCUAUCACA